AUGGCGCUGCUGCAGGCGAGCCACUUCAGCGAGGACGGGGGCCUGGACGACUGCGAGCUGCUGGUCGGCCACGGGCAGGAGGGGUGCUUCCUGGGCGCGCUGGGGGCGGCGAGCGCGGAGGAGCUGCGCGGCCUCGUGCCGGGGGUGAUGGCGCCCGCGCUGUUGCCGCGGAGGAGCGAGACGAUCCUCGUCUGCCUCUCGGGCGACGCCGCCCGGCGGCUGCAGGUGCGGGGCGGCGGCUGGCAUGAGGCGGAGGUCGUCUCCUUCGGGCAGGGCCCGCGGGCGCACACCGAGGCGGAAGUCAGGUGGGCCGAGCAGGAGGAGCCCGAGCGGACGGCCUGGGUGGACCUGGCGAGCACGCUGUGGUGCCCCAGCCUGCGGCUAGAGGACUGCGACUCCGCCCCGCCCGAGGGGGGGUGUCCCGUGAGGCACGGGGGCUCGCCCGCGGCCUCCAGCGCAGCAGGCCAGAGCCGCCUCGCCAAGAGGCGGCUCAACGGCAAGCAGGCGGUCCAGACAGGCGCCCGCGGCGAGGAGGGCGGGGCUGCCGGCUCCUCCGCGUGGCUGCGGGCCGCGGUGCGCGGCUGCUACGAGCACGGCGCUUCGAGCGCCGCGGCGCUGCGGCGCUGGUGGGCCGAGGCGCGCCUGGGCCUCGUGCGCGUGUCGCUCACCCCGCCGCUCGUGGCCGAGGAGUUGCGCGGCCUCCACGAGGCCCGGCUCUUCGUGCUGAGCAGGGCCGAGGACGCGCAGUUCUGGGAGGCCGCGAACGCCUUCCUGGAGGCGCCGGGCGGCGAGGCGGACGACUGGACCGCCCUGGCGCGCGCGCCGCUGUCGGUCCUGCGAGCCCUCCAGCAGGCGAAGGGGCUCGGGGCCAGGUACGUGUCCCCCUUCGGCGUCUUCGUGGCCCCCAGCCAGGUCGUCCCGGGUGGCCUCGGAGUGUUCUCCCUGCUGCUCUUCCACCCCUGCGAGUACAUUGGCGCAUGGGAAGGAGAGUGGCUGUGGUCUGUGCCCGUGGCCGGCCGCCACGGCGAGUUCUACCAGAGGCACGACGGAGACAGGCCCCGCGCCAUCAGUGGCUACACGAACUCGAAAGCCAUACGGAAGUACGGCAUGAGGUUCCACAAUGACGACACGAUCGACGGCAGGCGGACCACGGUCAGCGCGAUCAUCGACGCUUGCAGAGGGAAGACAACGCUAUCGCUGGAGCAGGUCCGCAGGCACAACGAGCCCUUCGGCUUCGUGAACGAGCCGUCGUUGGGCCAGGCGGCCAACUGCGAGGCCGAGUCCUUGAUUAACAAGUUGGAAGACAGGCAGAGCGGCAACCGCUAUGCCCUGAUGGUUGUGACCAUGGUGCCGCUGCUGCCGGGCCAGGAGGUGCUGGUGCACUACGGUAGGCACUACGAGAGGGACUACCGCGUCGGGAAAGGCUGCCCGCGCCUCUUCCGCGGCCUCCCGAUCCACAGCCCCGCGCGUGGCGAGUUCGAGGUGGGCGGCGCGGGCGCGGCCGAGCGGCCCGCCUCCGGCCCCGUCGAGCGCCGGGGGCCGGCCGAGGACGGUUUCGCGGACCCCGCGGAUGUCUCCGAGGUGUCCACCCGGGCGCCGUCUACGUCCCCUGAUCCAGGGGCGCCCUUCGACCAGCGGACCCGAACGGGCGACGGCGGCACCUGCAGCGCGCGCAGAGGCCCCCGCGGGACCCGUCUUUGGCGCCCAGGGUGA